GGGAAAAGCUCCCGCCCAAAAUUACUUCAGGGAACAAAAUGGCGGCUGGGAGCCGCCCUGCAGAGAAAGAAAGAAUAAAUACGCUCAGCCUCAAGAAAGCAGGCAGCGAAGUUCAAACAAUCGGUCAGAAAUGUAGAAAGAAAGAAAGAGAAAAAAAAAAAGAAAAAAAAAGCGUGAAGUAAAGCAUUUCUGUCUUAGCCUGCGGACAAACCCGGUUUGUUUCUGUGAAUGCAGCAUUUGUGGGACGGAGGAAAAUGGGAUUAAAAAAAAAAACAGGAGGAAAGUAAAUAGAGAGGAAGGAGAGCUGUUCUGGGGGUGGGUGAGGAGCGAAGGCGGUGGAGGAGGAGACAUGGAGGAGCUGGGCUGCACCUGGGCUUGGUAUGCUGUGCUGCCUUUACUGCUGCCUGCCCCAGGUCUGUCCCUCAGCCCGGAGCUGCCAGCGAGGAGCUUUGGUGUGAGAGCAGCCAUCGUUUCCCGCUAUGCUUCCACCUGCGUGUGCAGCGCUGUGCACAACCCCCAUGCUGUGGCACGCCAUGCUGCCUUUGAGCUGGACCUGCCGCCUGCUGCCUUCAUCACCAACUUCACCGUGAUUGUUGGUGGCAAAGCCCACCAGGCUGAGGUGAUGGAGAAGCGCCGGGCUCGGGAGCUGUACGAAGCAGCCCGCCAGCAGGGCAGGACGGCUGCCCACGUUGGCACCAAAGAGAAGGAAACCCAACGCUUCCACGUGACGGCCUCAGUGGCAGCCGGCGGGGACGCCUCCUUUGAGCUGUGCUACGAGGAGCUGCUGCGGCGUCGCCUGGGCACGUACCGCUACACCGUGCACCUCCACCCCCAGCGGGUCGUACCCGAGCUCCGCGUGGAGCUGAGCAUCACCGAACGCGCCGGCAUUGCUGAGCUCCGCGUUCUGCCUCUGCCCGGAGGGCGGUUGACGCCGUCCGUCCGGGUGGAGAAAGGCACGCACUGCGCCCACGUUGCCUUCACGCCCACCCCCCAGGACCGGGCAGCACUGGGUGGUUUUGUGCUGGAGUACGACGUGGCGCGGCCUGACGCUGCGGGGGACGUGGAGCUGUACGACGGAUACUUCGUCCACUUCUUCGCACCCACCGGGCUGUCCCCCAUCCCGAAGGACAUUGUCUUCGUAAUCGACGUCAGCGGCUCCAUGUCGGGCACCAAGAUGAAGCAGACCAAGGCAGCCAUGCGCUCCAUCCUGCGUGACCUGCGACCCCGCGACCGCUUCAACAUCGUUGCCUUCUCCGAGGCCGCCUGCGUGUGGCAGGAGGGUGGCUCCAUCCCGGCCUCUGCGUCCUCCAUCCGCAGUGCCACGCGGUACAUUGACGCCCUGCAGGCAGACGGCUGUGAGUACCUCCAUACACAGCACCGCACAGACGUUGUAGGGACUGUAUGUGCAGUGUCGCCGCAUGGCUGCGAGUACUGCUGGAUGCGCAGCGCAUCACUCGCUCACACACGGUUGUACCGCGUUGCCCUCUUCUGGCUGCGUGAUCACACGCCUUCACCUCCUGCCCCCGCUGUUCCUGCAGGGACCGACAUCAACCACGCCCUGCAGGUGGCUGCUGCUCUCCUUCAGCAUCCGGCCGAGGAGCCCCGCGUUGCUCUGCUGCUCCUCCUGACGGACGGCGAGCCCACCGCGGGGGUGACCGACGGCCCCCGCAUCGUCUCCAACGCCCGCCGUGCCCUCUCCCAUUCAGCUGCUCUCCUUUUCGGCCUGGCUUUCGGGGCCGAUGCCGACUUUGCCCUCCUGCGCCGUCUCGCCGCCGCCAGCGGGGGAACAGCACGGCAUAUCCCCGAGGACGCAGAUGCUGCCUUCCGUCUCACCGACGUUUUCCAGGAGAUCGACAGCCCGCUCCUGCAGGACGUGGAGCUCACCUACCCCGGCACGGCCGCGCAGCUCAUCGCCCCAAAGCUGUUCCCCGGUUAUUUCCAAGGCUCUGAGCUGGUGGUGGCCGGCAGGCUGGAACCGGGCACGGAGCUGCUCCGGAUUCGAGCAUCCGGGCGGGGCGACGAGGGCGAGCUCCACGCCCACACCGAAGUGGUGGCCAACGUCACCGAGCUGCCACCCGGCUGUCCCCGCCUCCCCGCCGAGCUGCUCGGUGCCUUCGUCUGCCGGCUGUGGGCUUUUGUCACCAUCCAGGAGCUGCUGCGGGCUCAGCUGGGUGCCAACAGCACGGCCGCACGCCGCCGACUCGCUGCCGAGGCCACCGAGCUGUCCCUCCGCUAUCACUUUGUCACCCCCUUCACCUCCCUCGUGGUGGUGACAGCGGAUGACGGAGGACUGUCGUCCCCUCCCAGCAUCGCCACCAACGGCCCCACGGCGACACCGGACGUCACGGGGACACCGGACGGAGCUGUCACCGCUGCUGUUACGGUGCUGGGAGAACUCGGGGACCACGCGGUGACGGGGAACGCGGUGCCACCCACCGUGCAGCAGCGGCCCCCACCUCAGCUCCAAGUGCCCCCGGUGCCGUGGGGGGGUCCCAGCCUGCCCCGCGGCCCCGGGAAUGCGGUGCUGCUGCAGACAGAUGAGGCUGAGCUGUUGGCGCCCGGGGUGGGGAGUGAGGAAUUCGUGGAGUCCCUUAACCCCCCCGUCUAUGUCAUCCUCACACCCACAGGGCUCCCUGAUGAUGAAGAUGCCACAGAUCUUACCCGUGAUGUUGAUGUGGCUUCCUCGAGCCCCACGUUCUUCACCUUUUCUGCCUCAGUGGAUGGGGACCCCCACUUUGUGGCCCGAGUUCAGGGCACGCCGUACCCCCUCUGCUUCACCCUCGAUGGCCGCCCUGGGGACACCCUGCAGCUGCUGACCGACCCAUCGCUUGGGCUGAGGGUCCAUGGGCACCUGCUGAGCGCCCCAUCCUGGCCGAGCGCCCCGUCGCGUCCCCGCACCUUUGUCAGUGCUGUCACCAUUUUGGGGCACACCGUCGUCAUCACCGUCACCCUCCACGGGGUCCGUGUGAGCGGGGAGGGUCCCCCCAUUUCCCUGCCCUUCUCCCGUCCCACCCAACUCCACCUCCCCCCCGUGACGCUGCUUUUGGGGCCGGGGGGCCGCCUGCACCUCCAAUGGGGUCCUCGCUUGGAACUCGUGGUGUUGCGUCACCGCUACAGCCGACCCGGAGCCCUACAGCGCGACCACCUCGGCUUCUACAUCACCAAUGGCAGCCGGUUGUCGCCGGGGGCCGGAGGGCUGUUGGGCCGCCUGCGGGGCAUCCAGCUGUCCCCGCUGGGGACACCAGGAACGGCGCGGCUGUCCCGGGGUGAGGUAACAGUGAUGGCCACGCUGGUGACAAAGGAGCUGCAGGUGGCACAGGGAACAGCCCAGCCUGGCCGCUGCUGGUUGAUCCCACGUUCCGAAGUGUCCGUGCUGCUGGGGGGGCCCUAUGGGGAUUUCCUGUCCCCCUCUUCAUUGCUGGCCUGAGACCGUUCCCGCUCUCCCCACACAUGUGGGACUAUGGGGUGGGGGAUUCCAUGUCCCAGGUCUGGAGGUGGCCAUAAGGGGACACUGCAGCCACUGCUGGACCCCCAUGGGGGAUACCCCAUGGCCACCAGCGUCCCCAUGAACUCUGGGGUGACCCCAAUGCCACCACCAACGCUAUGGCCACGUGACACGGGAUGUCACGGCUGCCACCAACCCCGUGGAGUUGGGGAGGCCACCGUUGUCCCCAAGAACUCCAAGAGACCCCACAGCCACCGCCAACCCCAUAGAUAGGGGGACCCCAAAGCCAUUACCAACUUCUGGAGUGCUGAAACAAGCUGACCUGCCCCCCCAAACCCCUUCAGGAAACGGGGGACCACUCUGUAACCCUCCCCUAAAUAGCCAUGAGACCCCACCCCACAUCUCCAGACCGCCUCAACGCCCCGACUCCGCGUAUAUUUUUAUUGCCAAAGCUGCUUUUUUAACCAUUUCAUACAAAAAUAAUAAACCUCCGUCCUCAGAACUGCA